GAGCAGCAGCGAUAUGCACUCGCUUUCACUCCCCCACAUCAGCUGCCACUCCCGCCACCUGGAUCCAAAGGCCCUCCUACCAUAAAACCUUCCCUGCCCCAGAGUCCAAUCCGGGGCGCCAAGCUCUUCUUUCCUCCUAUUUGCAGUAUUUCAUUUUUCACCGACCCACCGACCCACCAUCUUUUAUUUCUACAGCCAAGAUGGGCGCACUCGAAUUUGCCCUGGUAUCUACGCAGUCGCUGGCACCGAUCUUUAUCCUUACCGUGAUCGGGUAUGUGCUGGGGCUGAAAAAGGUUGAUCUGAAGGCGCUGGCGAGUAUCAACAUCAACCUGCUGACGCCGGCCCUACUGUUUGCUAAAAUCACCGACUCUCUCGACCGCAACACAUUCCUGGAGCUGUGGUUCAUCCCGGUUCUCUAUGUUCUGACGGGGUUCCCGGCAAUCUGGUGGACGCAGCUGGUGGGCGGUCGUGCGAUGCGGCUGCCGGACGGAUUCCUCAAGGUGUGCGGCAUUGCAAUUUACUUCACCAAUGUUAACAACAGCAUCAUCCCGAUCAUCGAGAGUCUGGUGUACAGCCCCGGGGCCAAGUUCCUGAAGCGCAGCGAGGACGACACGCCCGAGCAGAUUAUCAAGCGUGGAGUCGGGUAUCUGAUGAUGGUGUGUGUUGCAAGUAACCUUCUGCGCUGGUCGGUCGGCAUGGGCAUUUUGAAACCAAAGGCCACAGAGCACCGGUCGGCAGCUUCUGUUGGGGAAGACGCUGAUGUGUCGUCGUCGAUCAGCGACGAGCGCACAUUGCUGUUGUCAGGCGUCAACACGCCGGUUCCCAAGGCCCAGACAGCUGCAGACACUAGCCUGUGGACAACGCUGAAGAAAUACUACUCGCCACCAGUGAUGGGUGCAGCGGUCGGUAUUGCUGUGCUGUUUGUGCCGCCACUGCACCGCGCACUGCUGACCAAGGGCACGUUUGCGUACUCGUUCUGGUACUCAACCAACCUGUGCAGCAUUGCGUGCAUUCCGAUGACUAUGGUUGCUUUGGGCGGACAGCUGGCGCUGACUCGCUCCCAACAGCCACUUGCUCCAAUUGGCGGUAGCACUGCUUCGAUCGAGAGCGGCGAGGAACCCGGCGAUAUUGACCUAGAAGUCGUAACUCCGCGCAAGCAGUCGCAGGGAACACUGCUUGUGAUUCUGGGUCGGUAUGUGAUAGUUCCACCGAUUACGUGCCUGGCAAUGCUUCUGGCUAUCAAGCUGGCUGCAGGGUACUUCCCGCUGAUAUCCAGUGACCCGAUCCUGUUCUUGACCAUCGCAAUUACCUCGGUUACACCCCCGGCCGUCAGUCUCCUCACCAUUGCCCAGAACAUUGGCAUGUAUGAGGAUGAGUCGGCGCAGUUGCUGUUCCACUCGUAUGUCGUUGGCGUGGUGGCUAUGGCCGCUGAAAUCUCAGUGUUCCUGUGGCUAACCAGUACGAUCUUCUAGCACCUAAUAAACCAGCAUACUACCGACAGUUUGAAACGCGUGUUUAGCAAGGUCACAACGCGAGGGAUUUGGCGCCAAUCGCUUGCUAAGACAGAAAUCGCAUUGCCUUUUGUGGUUGGCUCGG